AUGAGUUAUUUGGGAGUCGGAAUCAGUCCCGGGAACGUCGCCGUCUACCACGGAGGCAAGAUGAAGCUGAUUGAUCGGAGAUUGAAGCUAACGGAGCUGAUCUUACGGUGCUCCGUCACUGUCCUCGCUCUCCUCGCGCUCAUUCUAAUUGUUACAAACUCUCAGGUCAAGAUGAUCUUCACAAUCGAGAAAAGGGCCAAGUACACGGACAUGAAGGCCCUUGUGUUCUUGGUGGUGGCGAAUGGGAUAGCUGCGGUUUAUUCUCUGUUGCAAUCGGUUCGUUGCGCUGUGUGUACGAUGAAAGGAAGCGUUUUGCUCAGCAAGCCCCUUGCUUGGACCAUUUUCUCCGGCGAUCAGGCGAUGGCGUACAUGAGUGUGGCGGCGAUAGCAGCAGCAGCAGAGUCAGGAUUGAUUGCAAAAGAAGGAGAGGAAGAGCUGCAGUGGAUGAAGCUGUGCAACAUGUAUGGCAAGUUCUGUAACCGAGCCGGUGAAGGAGUCGCUAGUGCUUUGUUUGCUUCCAUUGCUAUGGUUUUGGUGUCUUGCAUUUCAGCUUUUAGUCUCUUCCGCUUGUACGGUGGUGCCACCAAAAACCGCCAGACCUCGUCGUGGUGA